AUGGCAUCAGUUCGUUCCGUUGGUACAACAAAGCCAACAGAAACUUUAUUAUCACGACGUUUAAAUCGUCCAUCACCAUCGACUACAACUAUUACUCCAAGAAAAUUAACAUUAAGUAAAACAACUUCAAUUCCAUCUUCAACAACAGUAUCACCAACUCGACAAAAACCUUCUCGAACGUAUGCAAAAAAAAAUUCAGUAGGAACAAUAAUAUCACCUGCUCGAAUUAAAUCAUCAGAUAGUGCUGAAUUUAUGACAGAUAAAAUGUCAUCAACUACAAUUUAUGAUCUACCUUCAAUUAAAGCAAGUACAAAAAUAUCUAAUAUUACAAAUAUUUCUAUUCCAAAAACUAAUUCACAAACAACUAAAUAUAUUGAAGAACGAAAUAAUAACAUAGCAUUGACAUCAUCAUCAUCAUUAUCAAUAAAAUCUUCUCUAAGUAACAAUCAAUUUACAUUACAAGCAUUUGAUACUAUUCGUACAGUUGGCACUGGGACAUUCGGUCGUGUUCAUGUUGUACAUCAUCGUGAUACAAAUACAUAUUAUGCAUUAAAAACUAUGUCUAUAAAACGUAUAAUUGAAUCGAAACAAAUUGAACAUGUACAAAAUGAAAAAAAUAUUUUAUUGAAAAUUAAUCAUCCAUUUCUUGUACGUUUAUAUUGGACAACACAUUCAAAUAAUUUACUUUAUCUUUUACUUGAAUAUUUACCCGGUGGUGAACUUUUUCAAAUGAUGCGUAAACGAGAAAAAUUUGAUUCGAAAAUAGCAGUAUUUUAUGCAAGUGAAGUUUUACUUGGACUUGAUUAUUUACAUCAUCUAGAUAUACUUUAUCGAGAUUUAAAACCAGAAAAUAUUUUAUUGGAUAAAGAAGGUCAUGUACGUUUAGUUGAUUUUGGUUUUGCAAAAGAAACUAAAGAAAGAACAUUUACGCUCUGUGGUACUGUUGAUUAUCUUGCUCCAGAAGUCAUACAAAAUCGUGGUCAUCAUAAAGCAUCCGAUUGGUGGGCAUUUGGUGUUCUUAUAUAUGAAAUGCUUGCUGGCUAUCCACCAUUUUAUGAUACUGAUCAAUUUAUUGCAUAUCGAAAAAUUCUUUCUGGUAAAAUCGAUUUUCCACGUCAUUUCGAUUAUGCUGCUAAACAAUUACUUCGUAAAUUACUUCAAACUGAUCAAUCUCAAAGACUUGGUUCAGCAAAAAAUGGUGGUAAUGAAAUACAACUUGAACAAUGGUUUGUUAGUGUAUCAUGGGCAGAUGUCCUUGAACGUAAAAUGACUCCACCAAUUGUACCAACAGUUACAUCAGCUGGUGAUACAGAUAAUUUUGAUAUAUAUGAUGAAUUUGAUAUAAAUUUAACACCACAAGCAGCAAAAUAUGAAGUUCAAAUAUUUAAGGAUUUCUAA